UUCCAAUCUUCCCUUCGUCUGUCCGUUCUUGCUUUCUGUCCUCAACCUUCCCCUCCCUCGCUCUUUCUCCUCCCCCGCUCGCUCACCAGCCCGCAAUGGCCGAGGCGUCGAACAACCAAGACGCCUUGGGCCUGCUGAGCGCAGCCCUCAAUGCGCAGGACGGCGCCUCCGAAUCGCGCCAUCUCACGCAGCUCUAUACCCUCUUCCAGACGCAGCCGGGCAAUCUUGCUAUCUUGUUGCCCAGCCUCGUCUCAUUGGUGCCCAGGGCGAAGGAAGCACUCAAGCGGUGGAUUGCAGAUGUGCUUGACCUCGCUUUUUGUCGGGCGACGUUGAGCUCUGAGGGAAGGAAUGCUCUUGCGAUCCAUACGCCAGACGCUGUCUUGGCGUUUCUCAAUGAUUCGCAGCUGAUCCACGCCAAGAAGGCCAUCCAGGUCUUCGCCUCGACAUACACUCCCCUCUUCAGGCAAUGCUGCAACGACCCAUCAUACCACAAGACAUGGCAGACUAUCGAGCGCAUCAAGGAGAGAAUAGCGUACCUCUUCGAGCAAGGUCCACAGGGAGUCAAAGUCGCCGCCAUCAAGGCCUUCCAGAAGAUCAUCCAGGUGCAGACCCGCGCAGGCGCUGAUCCCCGAAGCCGCAACGUCGACGUUAGCGUCAGCAUGGUUCCGAACCAUCACGGCUUCCUCCAGCCUGCUGCCCUCGAGGGUGAGGCCAAUCGCCUUCUGACCUCAGUCGUCACCCUCGUCUUCACCAGCGGCAACUGCGACCUCAUCAUGGCCUGCCUCAACACUCUCAGCUUGCUCGCAAAAGCUCGCCCGCCCUUGUCCAAGAUCGUCAUUGAGGCCCUCGUUAGCUGGACGCCUGCUGCCCUCGCUGGACAACCAUAUACGCACAUACGCAACGCCGAAAAGACGCUGCGGCUAGUAUUUGCGCACUUUGAGAGGCAUAACCUCACGGGACCGCACAGGCCGCAGAUUCAGGAGGCACUGCAGGCGCAGAGGCAGAGAAUGGAGGCUGCGGCGAGGGCAGAUUGGGAGCGCAAAGAGGCAGAGGCAAAGCGCAAGCGAGAGAACAUCGAUCAGGAGAUUGAACAGUCGGAGAAGAGGCAGCGCAUGGCAGCCGCUGAGCCCUCAUCGUCAGACGCUUCUUCAUCACUCAGCGGCAUAGAAGGGGCUCAUGCCUUCUGUCGAGCGGCAGCGGAAGAUACCAGACCAAAUCCGCUGGCUGUGUUCGACGCUACCACACUUCAACUGCCGCUGGUCAUCGACCUCAUUAUGGCCAAUUUGACCGCCGUUCCAGACGAAGAGCUGCAACGAGCCAUCGAGAGGACAAGGUCAAGGCUACACGGCAUGCCUCAAGCGCCUCCUCCAUCAAUGCCUCCUGGUCCACCGCCGCUAGCCGCUUCAGCGAGCCAGGCAGUCGCAGGCCCGCCUCCCACUCGCAGACAGAUCAAGGCAGAAGAGUCUGGCGGCGCAGAACCUAUGCAACCCCUUCCAGGAGCUGGCCUGCCAGAGAACCCGCUCAAGCAAGACCUUGAAGACGAAGACUUGCGAAAGCUCGAUCAGCAGGGCGCGGCUAAUCAGUCUGCUCUCACAGCCCCGGGCCAAGAGCUUGGUGCUGAUGAGGAGGACGCGGAGGAUGCGCUUGCCGGAUUGGAAGAUUUCGAGCUCGCACCACCAGAGCCUUUCAGUCAGACGGAGGCGAAGGCUCUGAUCAAAGAAGCGGUUGGCCGAAUGUGCGAUGCAGGUGGCCAGGCAGCUGCGGGGAGCGCGGAGUUCAGUGAUGCUGUCCCCUCUCAGACGCUCUGGGCUACGUUGGUCAUCAGGCUCGCCAGCAGGGGGUUUGAGACGGUGGCUGAGUCGCCUGCGCAGGAAGGGGAGAACGACGGUGAAAGCGGCAGCAGCAGCAGCGGCAAGCCCCUCAUCUCCCUCCGCAGCCACGCAAACGUCAUCCGCCAACAAAUGCUCGACUUCCUCUCUGCGGACUUCUCUCGUCGAAUACCCUUUGCCAUCCAAUGGCUCUCCGAAGAGUGGUUCUGCGACGUCUCGCGGCGUAAACGCGGGCAGGAGACUAGCUACAAUGUAUGGCUUCCAAAGGUGGUGAAGUCCGUUCUACCUCACAUCGAGGAGAAAGACAGAACCCUUUUCCACUUCUUGGCGGAGCUUCCCAGCUUGCCUGACGAGGUAGUCGAUCUGGUCGCCGGGCUGUGCCAUGAUAAGGAGAGAAUGGCUGUCGGUUUUAUGGGUUUGAGGGAGUUUGCGGUUUCCCGACCGCCGAUCAGGGAGAGGGCGCUGAAGCAGUUGCUCGAUCUCUCGCGAAAUGCAGACAACGGGCUCAGACAGACGGCGAUCAAGACUGUAAGGGGCUGGGUUGGGGGUGGAGGGCCAUUUGAAGCUGCCGUGCUUGAGUCGGCGAGGGAGUCCAUCAAACGCCUGACGGUAAAGGGCGAGAAUGGCAAGGCCCCUGACACAGACACGACUCAAAAGUCUUCAGCGGUAGCCGACACCAACAAAGUCAAUGGCGCUGCUAACGUCGCCGACGGCGACAAGGGGAUUCAAGAGGGAGAGGGAGAGGGUGAAGGAGAAGGAGAAGAGGGCGAGCGGCCACAGCGCGACCCGACAAAGGAUUGGAGCUUCGCGCUCGAGAAUGCCUCGCAGGUUCUUCAAUUCGUCGAAAUGCCCUUCGUCCUAAGCGUCAAGAUUCCCUCGAUGCUGGACGAGGUCUUCGCCGCUUACCCUGCGAUGUCUACUGUGGUCCAAAAGGGUGUCGAGCAGCACAUUGCAGCCCUCGUCCGCUCCUUGGGUCCAAGCAACCCCAAGCUCCUCGAUCUCCUCAAGACCUUCCCUCGAGGCGCCGACGGCCUGGCUCUCAGCGUGUUCACGGUCAUGGCGGAGAAGGGUCGCACGCAAGCUUUGCUCACUACGGUCAAGAAUCUCGUAUCAGACAGGGACGACGUGGACGCGCACUUCCUGAUCCCAAUCCUCCCGCACUGCACCAAGCCCGAGAUUCUCAAGCUCCUCCCGAAGGCGGUGACAAUUUUGAACUCAAAGCUACCUGAGGAUCGCACAACGAUCAAGAAUCUCUUUGCCUCGGUCGUCUCCCGUCCCGAGCAAGGCUUUGGGAGCGUUUCUACCAACCAACCUCGCGUACGUGACUCUCAGCUGCUCCAGCCCCACGAGCUCCUUGGCCUGCUCCACUCCAAUGAGGAGGUGAUUGGGCUGAAGACAACAGCAGAGGCGAUUCGCAUCUGCUUCAGCAUGACAGAUCUCUUCACCUCUUCCGUCCUGGCAGCUGCGCUCAAUCAGCUUGUGGAGGAGCCGCACCUCGCCACUCUCUUCAUGCGUACGGCAAUCAUGGCCGUCACGACGUACAAGUCUCUCUCAGGCUUCAUCUCGAGCAACAUCCUCUCUCGCCUCAUAGUCAAGAAGAUCUGGCAGAACGAGCUCCCUUGGAAGGGCUUCGUAAUCUGCGCUGAGCAGACUGCUCCGGGGAGCUUUGCUGCCCUUUUCCAAUUGCCGUCCGAGCAGCUUGUCGAUGUCGUCAGGAGAGCGCCAGGAUUGAAGGAGGGGCUCAAGGGGCAUUUGGAGAAGAAGGGGGCGAACAACAAGGCGAGGACUAGCGCCUACCUCGAAUUGAUCGAAGGAGCAGGCGCUGCGAGUCCGACGGCGAGUGGGGCAGGGAGAGGCGGAACGCCUGGAGGAGCUGCUGGACCAGGAGGAGGUAGCACGCCUUUGAGUGGGUCGACGCCUCUGCACACUGGCGGCGAGGGGCAGUAAGCGCGGCGAGGGAGGUGGGGAGGGCGCGGAGAAGGAGUGGCUCAUCAUCUUUCACUGCCAGCGGGACGACGUCUCGACCCCAUCAUGUACCAUCAGCUUCAACCAAAUUGCACACAUCUCUGAACGCG